AUGCCCGGUGCAUCUCUUUGGAUCAUCCCACCCAAGGACAGCUCUUUCUCCAAAGCUCUCCAGACCCUCAUAUCCUCAACGAUACCCCCUCACUUCCCAAACACAAAGACUCAUGACUUCAUCCCUCAUGUUACCAUAACCUCAAAUAUCGAUCAGUCCCUCUAUGGCUCUGACCCUCAAGCCUGGCUGGGAGGUCUCCAUCUACCUUCUGGCGACCAGCACGACCCUGUCUUCGUCACUGUAGAUCUGCUCGAACCUGGCGAUGCCUUCGUCAAGAAGUUGACAUUGAGAGCCGGCAAAAGUACUCAAUUGCUACAGCUAGCUUCCGCUUGCCGUGCAGAGGCUGUUGAAGGAGGUGACCAGAAGAAGGCCGAGAAUUGGGCUCGUGACGAAUAUCUGCCUCAUCUCUCGCUCAUGUACGCCGAUCUCCCCAAGGCUGAGGUUGAAAAACUCGUCCCGGAGAUACAAGAGGAUUGCCGCAAGGCUGGCCGCAGUGUUGAAGCACAUGAUGACGGUUCUGUCGCCAUUGGAGGCAACAUUAUCUUGGUCGAUACAAGCAAGCCCAUCGAUCAAUGGCAUCCCAUCGCUACAAGAGCCUUACCCUACAUCAAAUGGGAAUGGCCAUGGUCAAAGUCGAGAUUCGAUGAUUAA